CCCAUCAGCGCCGAGGACAAAGAACAGCAGCCCACUGAGAUCAAGUGGCUGUGCAUGAACUGUGACCUCAAUGGCAUGACAUGUCUCCUGCUCACCAAGAUCCCCUUCUUCAGAGAAAUAAUGGUGAGCUCCUUUUCCUGUGAGUACUGUGACUGUAACAACAUGGAGAUCCAAUCAGCAGUCAGGAUCCAGGACCAGGGAGUGCACUACACGUUGACCAUCAGGGGCCUGGAGGACAUGAACAGGGAAGUGGUGAUGACUGAUUCUGCCGCCACAAGGACACCUGAACUGGACUUUGAAAUUUCAGCUUUCAGCCAGAAGGGAGCUCUGACCACUGUUGGACGAUUGAUCAACUGUGCUAUUUCUGGCCUGGAGCAGGACCAGCCCACCAGAAGGCCAAGCAAAGAAGCCAUAGCUGAAAGAAUCGAUGAGUUCAUUGUUAAACUGAGGGAACUAAAGCAAGUGGCCUCCCCCUUCACUCUGAUCAUCGAUGAUGCCUCGGGGAAUAGCUUUGUAGAAAACCCAGAUGCUCCCCAGAAAAAUGAUGCCCUGGUGAUCACACACUAUAACUGGACCCUGCAGCAGGAUGAGAUGCUGGGGUUCCAAGCAGAAACAUCAGAAGAAAAGCUGGAAGAAGAUCUCAGCAAUGAAGUGCUCCAGUUCAACAUAAACUGCUCGAAAUGCAACGCCCCAGCUCAGACCAACAUGAAGGUAGUACAGAUCCCCCAGUUUAAGGAGAUGAUCAUCAUGGCCACCAUCUGUGAGAAUGUGGUCAUUGGACCAACCAAUGAGGUGAAAUCUGGAGGAGCAGUGGAGCCCUUGGGAACCAAGAUCACACUCUGCAGCACAGAUCCCUAAGACUUGACCAGAGGCCUCCUCAAGCCUGAAACAUGUAGUGUGGAAACCCCAGAGCUGGAAUGUGAGCUGGGAAUGGCUGUCCUAGGAGGCAAGUUCACUACCCUGGAAGGACUGCUGAAAGAUCUCCGGGAGCUGGUGACCAAGAACGCUUUGACAUUGGGUGACAGUUCCAGUGUCCCUGGCCAGUCAGAGAUAUUGCAGGAAUUUAGUCAGAAGUUGGACCAGAUUAUUGAGGGUAGCAUAAAGGCCCACUUUAUUAUGAAUGACCCAGCAUGAAACAGUUACUUGCAGAAUGAGCAUGAACCUCCGGAUGGUCCAGAGAUGAAGGUGGAGCGUUCGAAGUGCACCUUUGACCAGAACGAGGAGCUAGGGCUCAAUGACAUGAAGAUGGAGGCUUCUGACUUCUCCCGGGACCCACUUGUGAUACAGAACAAAGAUGAAGUACAUCUUAAAGAUGGUGAAGUCAACUAG